AUGGAAAGUCGCACCACGCACCAGGUUGAAGAAUUUUGGCACCGCGCCUACGCGGUCGCCGUUAGGAACUUUGACCGCGUAGGAUUGACUACAGCGCAGCAGGUUCGCCUGGAAUUCACCACCGCCACCACCAUUACUCAGCCCGACGCCCCCAACUUCUCCUGCCAUUAUGACGGUGCUCCAAAGUUCCCUACAUACAUGCUCGCCGAACAUGCAAGGCAAACAAUUUAUCUGGUUCGCAACCCCGGCCUGAGCAGCCCGACCUCUUAG